AUGGCAAUGUCAGACGCCAUCAGAGCGUCUGGCGUUGCCUCAACUCCGUCGCCGUCGCGCUCCUCGCCGGCGACGACUCCGCGGGUCCCGCCUUCGUCCAUCUUCGUCCUCCACCCGCUCUACCUGGCCGCCAUCGUCAAUGCCAGGGUCGUCUGGCACCUGUCCAGCGUCUUCUCGGUGCUCGAGGACGCCCGCGGGCUUGAGGCGACGCGGCUGAUCCAAGGAAUGCUAUGUACGGCGUCGGCCAUCUUCGUCGCUCUCGACCUCUGUUUCGUGGCGAUGGAGCAGGCCUUCCGGCAGAUGAUGGUGGGGGAGAGCGGCCAUGACCUGUGGCACGACCGGGGGCUGCUGCAGCCGCCGCUGUGCCUGGUGCUCAUCUCCGAGCUGGCGGUACAGACGGUGGCGUACUUCGUGUGCGAGUCAUCCCACCACGACGGCAUCGAAAAGUCGAGCCUUGCCGUUGAAGUCGCAGGACGUGAGGAGGAGCAGCUCCAUAUCUGA